CUUUAUUCAAAAUUUACUUUUGUAAAUCAAAAUAUGGAAAGCUAAAUGUAUUUCCCAAAAUUACCAACAUAAAAAGUUUACCAAUAUAUCAUACCAUUAAUAGUUAUUAUUAUUACUCACACUUUAUUCGAGUGCAAUUUUCCCGCCCACUCCAGUGGCAGCCGCUCCUGACCAUGUAUCCAUGUCCGGCAGAAGACACAAAGAAUUUGUUACAUGAAAUUGUUAACUGGCUGAAGCCGAUGCCUCGACUCGACUGCGUUUGAUGCCUUUUGCUGAUAUAUGGCCAACCUUUGACAUCCUUUAAACGAGCAACAUGAUGCUCUAGAUUAUGGCCAAGAGAUUGGCCCGACUUUUCCCCCCUGGUUUUCCCGGAUUGUCUCACUUGGCCAGGGCGAUACGUCAAUGUGACAGUUUGAUAAUUUAUUUUGUUCAAAUUUUGUUUUUCCCUCUUCGCUGGGGGACGGCGCUUAAAUAAGUUAUCAGCGAGAACGAAGGCCCAUAUAAAUGGCAGCACGUAAAUGAAUGAAAUUAUUUUGCAACAAAUUAAGGCAAAUUUAUGCGUCAAGACGACAGGACAGGGCGGAGGGAUGGGGGACUCGAGAUGGGCUGGGAGCCUUGUUUUUCCCGGGGAGGUGGAUUCGUGUAACAGGAAACGCAAUCCACAGGCAAACAAACAAAAGCGAAAACGGAACGAAACGAAACGAAAACCGACCAACAAACAAACAAACAAACAAUGAAACGAAAACGGCUUCCUCGAAGAGUGAAAAGCGAGGAGUUUUCCUUCAGCGAAAUCUGAGCAAGGCUUUGUGCAACAAAGUGAGGCACCCGGACUACCCUCUUUUCGCCCAUUUACCCCUCAAAUGGGGGCUAACCGGGAUCGCUCUGCACUCUUGAACAUCGAGAUACGAACAUAUAUAUAUUUUUUUUAUUUCCCAAGCCCCCCUACCACCGUGCUCCGAAUCAAAUGUCAAUAGAGAGUACAUUUCAUUCAGUCGGGUGAUGCUUUUCCCGCUUUUCCCACACCCACUUUUCACUCCCAGCAUUGUAGCUGUCACAGUGUUUGUUUGCGGAUUUGGAGCUUUUCCUCUUUGGCAACGGGCUUCUUUACCACGCCUCCCCCUAUUCCCUUUCGACGGGUUCGUCCAGGAUAUAAGGAAUCUGAA